GUCGAAGAACUUCAGAAGAAGAAGCAGUCGGAUAUGAUGCGCUUCUUGAUGCGUGUCCGCUGCUGGGAGCUUCGCCAACUUAAGGUCAUCCACCGCGCCAGCCGCCCCUCGCGCCCCGACAAGGCCCGCCGCCUCGGAUACAAGGCCAAGCAGGGCUACGUUAUCUACCGCAUCCGCGUCCGCCGUGGAGGUCGCAAGAGGCCCGCUCCCAAGUACCAACAAACUAACAAACCAACAGGCAAGCCCACCAACCAGGGUAUCAACCAGCUCAAGUACCAGCGCUCUCUCAAGUCGACUGCUGAGGAGCGUGUCGGCCGCCGCUGCGCUAACCUCCGCGUCCUCAACUCCUACUGGAUCAACCAGGACUCGACCUACAAGUACUACGAGGUCAUCUGCGUCGACCCCCAGCACAAGGCCAUCCGCCGCGACCCUCGCAUCAACUGGAUCGUCAAGCCCGUCCACAAGCACCGCGAGAGCCGUGGACUCACUGCCACUGGCAAGAAGAGCCGUGGUCUUGGCCGUGGACACAAGUUCAACCACACCACUGCCGGCAGGAGGAAGACCUGGAAGAGGAACAACACCCUCUCUCUCUGGCGCUACCGCUAA